GACGGCAAAAUCUCUCCUCACUACAGUGUUGUUGACGUGUGAGGUGCAAUAAGAACGCUCUAUAAAGGCACUAUCCUGGUACUACUUCCAGUUUUCUCAAGACUAUUCUUUUCUUCUAGAUCAAUGGCUAUUGUUGGUGGAACGUUCCGCAUGGUGUCAGAGGAAGAGCAGACACUUAGGGCCAAAUUGGAGCGCCUCACGGUCAAAGACCACGGGCCAGUGUUUGGACCUUGUGCCAAGCUCCCUGACCACACUGUGCAGAAGGCUAAAGAUGAGCUGAAUGAGACAGAGGAGAAAAAAGUGUCAGCGGUGAAGGAACUGAAGGACAUCAUUAAAGAGAAGGCGGACAGUGGAGAUGAUCUGGCCAAAGCAGUCCAUGACAUGUUCAGUGAGAACCCUGAUUCCAUGUAUAUUAGGUUCAUUCGGGCCAGAAAGUAUGAUGUGAACAGAGCUUUUGAGCUAAUGAAGGGUUACGUGCGCUUCAGACGAGAUUACCCUGAGCUCUUUGAGAACUUAAGCCCGGAGGCUGUACGCAGCACCAUUGAAGCCGGUUACCCAGGGAUCCUCUCUAGUAGAGACAAAUAUGGCCGUGUAGUACUGCUUUUCAACAUUGAAAACUGGGAUUAUGAAGAAAUCACCUUUGAUGAGAUCAUCCGAGCUUACUGUGUGAUCCUUGAAAAGUUGCUGGAGAAUGAGGAGACUCAGAUCAACGGAUUCUGCAUUAUUGAGAACUUUAAAGGCUUCACUAUGCAACAGGCAUCUGGUAUGAAGCCCACAGAACUGAAAAAAAUGGUAGACAUGCUUCAGGACUCUUUUCCUGCUCGCUUUAAAGCAGUGCACUUCAUCCACCAGCCCUGGUAUUUCACUACCACUUAUAACGUGGUCAAGCCGUUGUUGAAGAGCAAACUCCUAGAGAGGGUAUUUGUCCAUGGAGAAGAACUGGAGAGCUAUUACAAGGAGUUUGAUGCUGAAACCCUGCCUGCAGAGUUUGAAGGGAAGGGUCCCAACUACGACGGCAAGGCAACAGCAGCGAAACUAUUUGACUGAAAUAGACAGCUUUCAGGACAUCCUUCUGUAGGCACUGUGUAUGAUUUAUUGUUUUUAUGAUUUACAGCAUACAGAAUCAGUGCGUGAAAAUAAGUGUGUUUGUUAGUGAUAUCCAAAGUGAACUAAGCAGUGUGAAAUGAGAUAAAUAAUCAGAUUACAUAAAAUGUCCUAGGUUCUUGACUGUUGAUAUAAUUGGCCUGAUGGAAUGAGGUAAUUAUGCAAUAUCUGUUUAGUGGAAUUACAUCAGUUAAAAGCAA